AGGGAGCGGCGCGCAGCGAUGGCGGCGGCGCGGCAGCGGGGCCCGCGAGGCUCGGCCGUGCUGGAGCUGCCCCGCAACCCGCGCUUGGUCUGCGUGGAGUACCCGGGACUCGUCCGGGACGUCGGGGCCAUGCUGCGGACGCUGGGAGGAGAGCAGGGGGUGUCGCGGAUCUACGCCGACCCUGCCAAAAGGCUGGAGCUGUAUUUCCGCCCCAAGGACCCCUACUGCCACCCCGUGUGUGCCAACCGCUUCCCCACCUCCACCAUGCUGCUCAGGGUCAGGAGGAGGAGCAAGAAGAAGCAGCAGUUGGAUCCCGAGGAUCAAAUCCAGCCAGAAGUGGAGUUUGAGAUGGAGAUUCUUGGGAUUGUCACCACUGUUUACAAAUUUCAAGGAAUGUCUGACUUCCAGUACCUGGCAAUGCACUCUGGCCCUGAUGGCAAACAAACCUCCAUGUAUGACAAAGUCCUGAUGCUCAAACCAGAGAAGGAAGAGUUUUUCAAUAGAGAUUUACCUCUUUACAUCCCACCACCCAUUUUCUCACGUCUGGACACUCCUGUGGACUAUUUUUAUCGCCCAGAUAUACAGCACAGGGAGGGAUACAACAAUCCCCAGGUGUCUGGUGAGAACCUGAUUGGCCUCAGCAGGGCCAGACGCCCACACAAUGCCAUCUUUGUCAACUUUGAUGAUGAAGAAAUCCCAACUAAGCCCCUGGAUGCUGCUGUACAGAACUGGAAGAAAGUGUGCACCAAUCCUGUGGAUAAAAAGGUGGAGGAAGAACUCAGAAAGCUCUUUGAAGUACGUCCCGUGUGGUCUCGCAAUGCGGUCAAAGCCAAUAUCAGUGUCCAUCCAGACAAGCUGAAGGUGCUGCUGCCUUAUUUGGCCUAUUACAUGUUAACAGGUCCUUGGAGAAGCUUAUGGGUUAGGUUUGGGUAUGACCCCAGGAAACACCCUGAAGCAAAGAUUUAUCAAGUGCUGGACUUCCGAAUUCGCUGUGGAAUGAAAUAUGGUUAUGCUGCUACUGACAUGCCUGUGAAAGCAAAACGCAGCACGUACAACUACAGCCUGCCCAUCACUGUCAAGAAACAAGGAAGUCACACAGUCAGUGUCCACGACCUGAAACAGGGGCUGGGUUCAGCUGGUACAUCUGGGGCAAAAAAGCCCCCCUCCAGCAGGUAUAAGCUGAAGGAAUCCGUCUACAUUUUCCGAGAAGGAGCCUUGCCCCCUUACCGCCAGAUGUUCUACCAGCUCUGUGACUUAAAUGUGGAAAGCCUGCAGAAGAUCAUCCAUCGGAAUGACGGCACCGAGUCGGAAUGCACGGAGCGGGACGGGUGGUGCCUUGCCAAGACAAGUGAUGACCUCAGGGACAGCAUGUCCCUGAUGAUAAAGCAGAUCAUCAGAUCCACCAGACCUGCUCUUUUCUCAAAUACAACAAGCAGUGAAGAUGGCAAAGAACAGCUGGCAUAUGAGUCUGGAGAGGAUGAGGAUGAUGAAGAGGAGGAGGAAGAGGACUUCAAGCCUUCUGAUGGGAGUGAAAAUGAAAUGGAGACAGAAAUUCUGGAGUAUGUGUGAACUCAGUGAGCAGUGUGGCUGCUGUGGACAGAACUGUCUCUGCUCUUGCUCCUUGAGAGCCAAGGGUUCAGCAUCAGGAUCUGGGAAAGCAGAGCUUGUACAAAGCUGAUGAUGUUCUCUCUGCACUGACUGCUGGUGGGCAGCAUUCUGGGUGUUGGGGAGCCACUGCCUGCAUUUUCAGAAUUGCUGGCUGAGAAGCUUCCAGCAAGCUCAACAAACUCCCAAGAGUGAGCCCAGAAUCCAAACCAGCUGGAAACACACCAGAACAUGGGAGAAGCUGCAUUCCCAAAUCUCUCCAUGUGUGGGAGUGCACUCUCUCCAGGUUGGUGGCCAUGUGGCAAAUAGAAAUGGUGCCUGAGGAGAUGCUGGGAGAAGAAGCAGUCCCUAAGGCAGGUUCUGCCCUUCUGCUUGUCCAGAGGGAGUGAAAAUACUGAGCCAUGCCUUCAGCACUGAGCCUUGCUGGUUAUCCUGGAAAUAAAGCCAGCAGGAAAAUACACCCUCUGGCAGUGAAUAAUUCCCUUCCUGGGGUGCAGUGUUUGUUGUCCUCAUUACCUGAUGCACUUCUCUGGUCUGUUUUGACUUCCCCAGCUAGCAGGUAACAAGGACUGAAGGCAGCUGGCAGACGGGCAGAGCUUCAGGUGCACAGAAUUUGGCCACUGCCAGCUGCAUUGCUCCCACCAAAUGAAAGUCCCAAAAAUUAAAGAGCUUGUGUUUUCUAGA